AUGUGUCAUGACUGGCAGCAAGAGUAUACGGAAUGCUGUCACGUUUCCAGAGAACUUGUCCACUGUCCCUCAUACUACAAGCAACGGGAUGCAGCCAAGGGCUUAUUUGGCCGCAUACUCCAUAGUAGUGCCAAGGACAAGGAACACUGUGGGCAUGUGAUUCCUCACCAUGGACAGCCAGUAGCCUUUUGCCAUGACUGCACAGUUAGGCAUAACGAGUUCCGGGCAAGAUACGUAGGUGAUGGGACGUUAAGAGUCUAUCGGCCAGUCGUAGAUGAUAGCUCUACAGAUCCAUUCAAGCAACGCCGCGAACAACGUAAACAAGAAGCCUUAGAGACAGAAAGGUUAGAACGACUAGAACGUAGGCAAAACUCCCGAGAAAAGGAAAGAUCAGAUCGAGAUCCCCAACCUAGAAAUCUCGCACCUACAGACAAAUCCUCUAGUGUUCCGAUCUGGAUACCUGAACUUUACGAUAGGCAACAAUCUCUAGCACGAAACGAGGCCUAUGCUAGAAUCGUAAAGACGGCACCGCCUGUGAGUCCUUCACGUUCGAGCAAGCCUUCGACUUCUCAACCCCUUCCUAGCAAAGCCAAGAAGGAAGAGACCACCGCACCGCGAUACCGACAAGCUCCAAGUAGUAGACCCCAAGAACAUAGUCGCUUUAUCUAUGUAGAUCGAAAAUGGGCCUACGAAAAACCACUGCCGCCGCCGCCUCCGAAAAAGGAGGAAGAGCCAACACCAACACCCCCUCGCCAUACCUGCAGAAGGCUAAGUGGAAGCGGAUCAACAAAAUCCCAGGCAGAAGGGCCUCCUCCUACUACCCUGCGUCGCACGCCUAUCCCGCGAUCUAAGAGGCAGUCUAGUCACGCACGGCCAGUGAGCAAGUACACGCCUCUCCCGCGACCCAAGCGGAAUUCUGGCCGCGCGUGGGCAGCGAACAUCCCACGAGGCCUGACCCCAAAGUCCUCGCGUACAGACCUGCGGGCCACCGACGCCAGCAAGACCAGGAACGCCCCGCCCCUGCGGCGAAAGCCGGGACAAGUCCACCGAGCCUUCUACCGCAAAACACCACCCCCCGUGCCCCGCCUCGCACCGAAGCGGCCCGCGCCCGUGGCCCCGUUACCGGAGUACCAGGUUUACCUGAACGCGCUCAGCUUCGCGAAAAACUCGCCCCCAACAUCAGAGGCCGCCGCCUCCACUGCUGCCUCGACAAAGAGGAAGGGGAAAGGGAAAGCGUCAGCAUCAGUAUCAAAGAGCAACAAAGUUAGGAUGCCCUUUGGGCGAACCACCAACGCCACCACCACCAGUACUAGUACUGGUAGGAGGGGCAGUACCAGCAGCAUCAGCAGCAGCAAGCCCAAGCUCGCGAGAGAAGGGUCUCUGCACAAGAUCCUGCGCCGGGGAGCCAUGAUGCUGGAGCUGGAGUCAGCGCCACCACGCACGGCGACCCCUGACUCGGACAUUAGUUUCUUUUGUCAACACUCGAAGCAGGUGAGCUUAUAUGGUACGGUCUACUAG